AUGCGGGCCUCUUAUGCAGAGUCUGAGCAUGACCUCGACCUCGUUGACCCUCCCGUCAUUCGCGCCGAUGGAAGACAUUCAAUCUCGACCGGAGCUAUGCUCAGAUUGUCUCUGUGGGUCUCUUUGGCAGCGUGGAUCUCGAAUUUCGAUAAUGGAUACGUCGGUGCCGUGUUGAUCAUGCCUUCCUACCUGAGGGCAUUUGGCACUUGCACCGAACUCUUGAACCCGUUAACCAACAAACCGGUCGAUCACUGUUCACUCACUCCGCUGCAACAAUCACUAUGCAUCAGCUUGAACUACCUAUUCAUCGGCAUUGGAGGCGGUGUUUCGGGCAUCGCAGACAGAUACACUGGCCGUCGAGGUGCUAUCCAGAUCGGCUGCAUGCUUGCCAUCAUCGGUGCGGCUGGUAUGCUCGGCACAGGAGGAAGAGGGGCAGGCAGUUUCGUGCACUAUAUGAUUUGCAGGAGUAUCAGCGCUGUUGGAAUCGGUCAACUCAUCUCCGCGAGUGUCACCUACGGUUCAGAGUGUAUCGAUGCGAGCAAGCGUGGUAUUUCCCUGGCGCUCUACAACGUUGGGUCGGCCUUGGGUAAUCUUGCUUCAGGUGCCGUGUGUGCGGGUUCGGCUCAGUUUGAGCCACGAAAUUACUGGCAAUGGAAGACACCCAUUCUGUGCCAGAUUCCAUUGGGAAUCAUCCUGGGUGCGGGCAUCCUGAUGUUCCCCGAGUCGCCACGGUGGAUUCUAAACAACGAUGAUUCGAAAGAAGACGAAGCACGGAAGGCUUUCAGCAUUUUGUAUCGCAUGCCUGCAGAUUCCGCCGAAAUUACAGCCCAGAUUGCGGAUAUCAAGGCUCAUAUCAAAGAGGAGCGAACUGCCGCGGCAACGAACUCAUGGUUUGAAAUCUACAAGUCAAGCCAAAUCCGCCGAACACUAGCCUCCGCCUUGAUCAUGAUCGGGCUAUCGAUUACCGGAAUCCAAUUCGUGCAGCCUUACGCAACAACUUUUUUGAAAAGUGUCGGUAUCAGCAACCCAUACCUCAUCAACGUGAUCAUCGCAUUAUGCAUUCUCGCCGGCGCUUUGAUCGGGCCACUGAUUGUCGAAUAUGGCGGACGACGAAUCGCCAUUGUGACUGGCUACAGUGCUAUGGCAACAUGCAUGCUCAUUCUAUCCUCAGUCAACACCGCACUGGGAAGUGACGACCAAAUUGCAAAGAUGGUUGUCGUUAUUUUGCUCUGUCUAUGGGCCUUCAUUUUCGGCGGAACCAUUGCGCCUAGUGCCGGCCUAGCUUCGGUUGAGAUGCACAGUGUGGCACUUCGCACAUACGGACAAGCGAAUACCGUCAUAUUCUACGGCCUAUUCUCUUUCGGCGCGACUUUUUGGACGCCCUACAUGUUAGAUCCGGAGUAUGGUAACAUGGGACCCAACGUUGGAUAUUUCUACGCCGGCGUAACUUUUGUCGUUGCCAUCUUCAUAUUUUUGCUUGUGCCCGAGACCGCUACACUAUCCUUGGAACAAAUUGACGAUCUGUUCUACUCGGGUGUGAAGCCAUGGGAAACGUCUCGGGCAAGGAAUCAGGAGAUUAGGCGGCAGAAGGUCCAAGAGAAGGAUCAGGAGAUGAAGAGGUAA